CGUAUAUAUAAUUGCUACUAAAAUUGUUGGUAACUGAGCUUUUGGCAACGGUUUCUAGCUGUUGUGGAUAACCUCAACUGAUAAAAUCAAACCACAUUUUAUUAAAUCAUGGCUGACGCUUUCAAGCGCCUUCUAGGUGAGAAACUACAGGGCCAAGGAGCGGAUGAGGUCUCGACAGAGAGUAUCUGUGGUGAAGGGAAGGUUGUUGGCUUGUACUUCUCAGCUCACUGGUGUCCGCCUUGCCGCGGUUUUACGCCCAAGUUAGCAGAGUUCUACAAGAAACAUCACUUAGAGAAAAAGUUCGAAAUUGUUUUUGUGAGUUCUGAUAAGAAUGAGUCUGAGUGGAAGUCAUAUUUCAAUGAAAUGCCCUGGAUUGCUUUGCCUUUCGCUGAUCGUGAUCGAAAGGUGAGUCAGCUGAAUUUAAUUAGUUCAGCUUUCGUUUUGUGUGCAUAACAUGUAACACCCAAUCUAUCGAUUCCUCUAAUUUGUAAAUUUUGCAUUCCAAAUGUAGAGAGCUAAUUAUUCUUGGAAGGUGUACUAUUUCAGAGUAACUUGUUGCAUGAGUAGUCUCCAAUUUGUUAUUAGCGCGUCUCCGAGAAUGAAAAUUCAAUAACGCCAACUAAUCGCCUAGGGCUUGACUCGUGUUGCGCUCGCAUAAUGCAAUGUGUUCUUCAGAAACGAGUCGCUGAAACUGUUAUCACAAUUUGAGCGCUCGUAAACAAACAGCAAUCUUGCAAAAAAAGUUUCAUAGGGCCACUUUCGUGAAUUUCCUUACGAAUAUUUCUUAAAGCUUGUAUGAAUUUAAGGAAUUUUUCCCAUGGCGCAUUUUUUCCAUAUAAUCCUGGGAACAUCGCAGCUGCUUAUUUUUUGCUAAACCAUCUUUAUUUAUAUUGGCUAAAUAUAAGUAAUUUGUUGAAGCCAUAACAACAUUUGUGAAUAUUAUGCUAGACCAUACCUAUGAACUAUAUGUAAACCUUCGAUUUAAAUUCAAUUUUUUUCAAUUUUUUAGUUUUUUUUAUUUCACUAAAUCUUGUUAUCGUGCAAUUGUAAUGAUCUCUAGAUGGCUGAUGAUGGCUAACCAAUCUGUCUCAAUUGAUUAGUUUUUUUUAACCAUACAGUACAUGUCAAAUAGACGUGUAAGCCCUUGGAAUCGUGUUUGCUCACCUAUUGUUGAAGACAUGUCUCUGAUAUUUAUUCAUGGCUCACCAACAUCAUGGUUAAAUACUUAGCGGCAAAAAGAUUAAGAAGAAAAAAAUGGGAAAGACAGACCCCUAAAAAAAAAACCUUGUUUCGUUGGGUUAAUUCUAGGAACUUGACUCUUUGUUUGAAAAUAUUACUUUGAGAUUGACAAUCAUUUAUUAAAGUCAUUUCAUUUGAUUCGAUUAUCCAUCCCCAAUAACCUCUGAAUUGGUAGAGGUCAAGAUUUAUUUUGAGGCUAUAUGUUGCAAUUAAUUUUCAUGGAUAGGGAAAGUGUGAUUAGUCACAAAAAUUUACUUUCACUUUUUACUCAGACAAUGAUGUUAUAUUCUGAGUUUCAGUAGUACUUUGAAAGCACUCCUUUGUUUCCUUUCACUCUGUACUGAAUAAAGGGUUUUGCAGUCACAGUUGUUUGGGUGGCAAAGUCAAUAGUUAAGAUAAUGUGUGUGGAAGUUCAAAAGAGGGCAGCUGUGCACAGCUCUACACAUGUUUGAAAUUUUUCAUGUUUCACUUCACAGUCCCUCAAUAAUAUUUACACUGUAACACAAUGAUUGUAUGUUUACUGGGUUUUCUCCCACCUGCAUCUGACAAAAACAUCUAUCAGUUUUCUGCCUCAGAAGGAUACACUUCAGAAGCUAUUUUAUGUGACCACAACUGUUUUUGAAGGAUUGAAAUGUUAGACAUUAUAAGGCAGUGAAUUCAAUAAGUUUUCUUUUAUCUCAUGAAAGUAGAGAAUUUUUUCAACCUCAAAAGUGUUAUUGAUUGAUCCAGCCACCAAUGGUUGCAAUCAGCCAGCAAACUUUUACUGUUCCCGUGGUUCUUGUUUCCCAUCAGUUCAUAAACAAUCAAAGCAAUUCACACUGUUGGGUUUGUGUCUGUCAAUUUUGGUUUUUUUUCAGAAAUCUUUCAUAAUAAAUUUUCUGAGUUGAGUAGCUCUUAGCAACUUUGAGUAACUAUAAUGCUGGCCUGUGUACAUGUAUUUACACCUGUAACUAAUGAAGAAAACUAACAGAUACACAUCAGAGCUAAAGGAUAUGAACGCAGGACAGAAUGUGUUUCAAUACAAUAUUCAAUUGAAUUCAAAGUUAAAUAAUUAAUCAGUUUACUGUUCCAAUAUACAUGUAUUCAGGAUCAAAGCCAUGUGAAAACAGAUAAAGUGAAAGGAAAAUAGUAACACUUGAACUCUCUUUGCUUCUCUGGUUCUAAAUACUUAGAACUUUUAUCAACUCUGUGACUCUUACAUGGCAUACUAUUGUAUUACUGCUCUAUGCAUUAAACAGAACUAGCAACCAAACCCUUUUACUUCCAAGAUUUCAUUAGGAAUUCACAUUAACUGUCUUCUAUAAAACUUUUAUGUUUUUAGUUCAGAAAAUUUGGCACUGUAUCAACUAGUAAUCUACUAAUUUACAUGUCAAUUUUUCUUUAUUCUCAUCACUUGUCUGAUGAUAGUGUAUUGAUAUGUAAGGAGAAAUUCUGUCUUGGUCACUCAUGGAGGUUACAAGUUUAAAUGGUUUUCCUCCCUCUUCAUCAGGAGAAACUUUCAAAAAAAUUUAAAGUUGAUGGAAUACCAACACUGGUCAUACUGGAUGGAAAGGAUGGAAAAGUUAUAGUAGCCAAUGGGCGAACAAAGGUUGCAGAAGAUCAGCAAGCCAAAGACUUUCCGUGGAGACCUAAAGGACUGGCUGAUGUAAUGAAAGAUAUAAAAUUGGUUAACCAUGAGAAAGAGGAGAAGUCAUUUGCUGAUUUAGCUGGGAAAGUCCUUGGGUUGUACUUCUCGGCACAUUGGGUAUGUAAUGACUGGUAUAUGUACAUGUACAUUAAGCACACGAUAAGGGUUGCCUAUGUAUCUUGAGCCAAACAUGUGCCAAAACCAGCUACAUGUAUCCAUUACUUAACAAUGAUAAAAAGUAGAGAAGACAUCACAAAUUUUUAUACAGGUAGCUGAAAGCCAAUUUUAUUGUAAAAUCAAACUCCCAUCUUGCAGGGAAAAAAAUUGUGACUUUAUUUGUAUUUCAAAAAAAUGUUUUUCUUUCAUUUUUUGUGGUUCCUGCCUCCUAAAGGAAGCAAAGCCAGAUAUGUUUUCAAGAUGAGAUCUUGACCCAAUUUUGACCUAAUGGUUUUCAGUGCUACUUAUUUUUUUUUUGUUUUUGUUUUGUUUUGUUUUUUUUUUUUGGAGUAUCUCAGUAGUUUGACAUUUGCACUCAAUACCUGGUUGAGUUCUCUCCUUUUGUGAUUUCUGGCUCAUAGCCACUGGCAAAGUAUUGUUUCAGUUCUUACCAUGAGACUACAGAAGAAAGCUGAAGACAGUAAACAUCUUACAAUCCUUUUUAGGAUUGUGUGCAAUUAAAAACAAAUGUUUUCCUUGAAAAAUUAUCUCAAUAGGUGUGAUUUGCGCAUUAUGAAACCUAGAGGAAAUUUUUUUUCUUUGAAGAGAGAGCAUUUUACUGUUUAAAUCAGCAAAUUAUAUAGAUCUGAAGACAUAAUCUUUCAUGUCAAAAUAAUUUCCCAUUGGCAUCCACUGAGGCAUAAUUGAAAUUGAAACUUUUUCUUGUAGAAAUAUUUCAAUAGACAUGAUCUGCACAUCAUGGAAGCUUUGAGGAAUUUUUGUUUUCUUGGAAAAGAGAGUAUUUUGCUUAUGAGUCAACAACUAUUAUGCAGUGAGAACUGCUAAGCAAGCAAGCUGGGAAUAGGAUACCUUGGGUUAUUCAUCAGAAUUGAGGAACAGAGUAAAGGUUGAUCACCAGAACAACAGAAUGUCUUAAGACAAAGAAUGUCAGAAUAUCCUAAAGCGCAGAAUUCCUUUUCCAUGAAACUACAGUCUCAGAAAAUUGGAAUUGCAAUAAGAAUAUUAUUUAUAAUUAACAAGCAAAAUUAAAUGUAGUCAUUUAAGGCAAAACCCUAAGGGUUAAGGCAAAACUAAGGUUAUCAUUGUCAGAGCCCAGAGGAUUGGGAAACUAGGAGGCUUUCAAGCGAACCCCUUUUGAUUAAUAUUUUAUUACCAUUGUUAUCAACAUUAUUAUUGUUGGUAUUAUUACUUGUUACCAUUUGAUUAUUGGUUGAAUGUCAUUUAGACAACAUAUUCUUGCAUUAUCUUUCUCUUGUGGAACAUGGUACUCAUAAAUAAAUGUAUGUGGGAUGCAGCAGGUUUUCUGUUGUGCAUGUGAGACAAAUAUUCCGCAAAACUAUGUUCAAGUGUCAUUAUCCAACCUCUGGUUCUUUUCAAUACUAUAGAGAUUGUGCUAUGCCAGUAGCCACAUACAGAUUUUGACUGUCUAUUUUUUAUCAGUGCCCUCCUUGCCGAGCCUUUACACCACAAUUGAUUGAGACGUACAAAAAGGUUAAGGAGAAGGGAAACGCCUUUGAAAUCAUUUUUGUGAGUUCAGAUCGCAGUGAGGAAGGGUAUAGUGAUUAUUUUAAAGAGAUGCCCUGGCUCUCUACUGGGUUCCAGGAAGGUAUCAAAAAAGACCUGACCCAGAUGUAUGGAGUGCAAGGUAAGAGGUACUUCCAAAUAAUUUAAACUUAUCAAGGUUUCUUCUGUAAAAUAUUGAGAGGUACUCUUGACUAUCCAGCUGGAAGAGUCUAGUUUGCAUACAUGUACUUGUGAUUUUGUUGAAGAUACAAUUCACAUACAUGUUCCAGUAGUCACAAUAGUAGAAAUAUGACCUACAGCAUCUGUUUGAAGCAAGGGAUAUUGGUGAUUGCUGAGUACUUGCCUGUGUAAGCCUGAUGGUUCAACAGAGUGAAAUCAUAGACUCUAACUGGCACUGAAGUAGAAUUGUUUGUCUUGUGAUGUAGUCACUUCAGAUGUGAAUUGUGAGGUUUUGACUGCAGACUGAAAGCCUUCUUCAGCUUGCCUGAAGAUUCAAGGCUUGCAGUUUUAAGUUGAAACAUCGCAAUCCACUUUGGAAAUGAUGACAUAACAAGACAAUCAAUUGCACUUCAUUUCAGUGUAGUCACAGCAAUGAGUAACCAAUCACUUUUGCAGAGAAUUUUAAAAUGGUUUAAGGUCACACCCUGAAAUCUCAAAAUGCGGUAAUUAAGAGACAGCAAUAACUGCCUUUUAAUGAAAGAAGUAAAAAUUAUGUGGUUUCUGGAGCGAUCUUCUCGUAAGGUGCUAACAAUGAGAAUUUGUUUAACAAUCAAGGGCUUGAUUGGGUUGGUAAUCAUUUCCUUGGAAUUGGGGUGAUAUUGUAAGGAGAGGUUAGAUGCGAGUCACUCUUAGGGAUCAAAGGGUUGUUACAGAGUCCAAUCAAAAUGCAGUGAUGAGCAGUCACUUCUAUUCUUUGCAGGCAUUCCAACUUUGAUUCUUUUGGAUGAGAAGCACAAGAUCAUCUCUUCAAACGGUCGUCAUGUAGUUUCAGCUGACCCAGAAGGAGAGGUUAGUUAGCAUAAAUCAAGAAUUCAUUUUGUGCUAACCAGAUUUUUUGAACCCUAUUUCUAUCUUGAAAUACAAGUUUUUUAUACACUUCAUAUUUGGACAUGUAUACCCUUGCUGAUUUUACAUCUAUUUGUAAUAUUUGAUUAAGGUAGCUUACUACACAUUAUGGGGGUCACCAGAUAUUAUUGAUUAGAUGAUUACUAAAUGAGGGUUUAAUUGUCAACCUUACUUGUUUAAAGAAGCCAUCCAUGUAAGACUUUAAGCUAAUAACAUCAAUGGAGAUAAUGAAAUUGAAAUUCCUGAAUUAUGGAUGCCUACUACCAAAAAGCAUAGCAGCUGAUCAUCAUCUAACAUCUAACAACAUCUAAUACUUGAAAUAACCAUGAGGAUCAAAAUGCACCAAUGACAGCUUGCUAUAAUACACCAAUAGCGGCUCAAAUUAUUUACCUCAUUGCCUGAUGAAGACACAACUCAUUAGCCUGAAUCUUACAUUGUGAGACAAACAAUUAAACAUUCAUUUAUCUAUAGAAAAACCAGAUGAACAUUAGCACCUCCUAUAGCAAGAUGAUUACUGGUACACAUCACAGGGGAACACAAAACAAAUACAAAAAAUAAAAUCAUGAAGGACAGUGGUUUUGUUUUGUUUUGUUUUGUUUUACCUUCCUCUUUUCAGAAGUAGCUCAGAACAAAGGGCCAAGAGCCUGUGAGAAACUGGGUUAAGAAAUGUGUAGAGAACAGUAUAGAAAGUAGACAAGCAUUAUACAAAAUAUACAUACAGUAUGUUGUAUUAGUGUUGGGAUUGUAUUAUUGUAUUGAAGUUAGGAAGUAAAGGGUAGAGUUGAUUGUUUUAUCAUUGAGACUUUUUUUUGCAGCAAUUUCCUUGGAAACUGAAGCCUUUAAAUGUGAUCAAUCAACUAACAGUCAGUACUGUGAAUGAUGAGAAAUGUCUGAUAUAUUUCACUGGUUAGUUGUUAAAAAAUUAUUGAUUUGGGUAAAAAGGAUAGCAAAGAAUCAGGUCAAAGACAACCUCAAUUAGAUAAUCGACUUUUUUGUAUAGUAAAUUUUUCAAGUGGCUAGAUGUAUUUGGUGAGUCUAACUAUUUGAGAAUUAAUUUCAUGAGAGUACAUGUAUGUGGAGGCCAGCUUCUCUUCCAAACAGAAACAUAAAAAAAUUGCAGUUAGUGCUGGGGUCCUUGUUAAUUCAUGAUGUAGCGAUUUCACUUUGUUUUACUGAGGACUGUCUAGAAAUGAUAAAGUUUCAUGAUUUACUUGAACAGCCAUUGUUUUGUUAUUGGACCUUUUGGUUAACCACAUUCUUCCUGCUGUUUUUGUUGUACAGUAGUUUGCCAAAGUUUCCUUUCGUGUUCAUGCAUGCAAAUUUAGUUGUUUCAAGAAAAAUUAGUGCUCCAAGCUUUAGCUAAUUUUGAAGGCUUUUGCCACUAGUGCAAAAAAGGAGAGAGAUGCAGUGACAGAGCUCCAAUAAUACUAACUUAUCUCUCUGUUGAUUUUUUUUUGUUAAGAUGGUAAAGAAGGCUCUAUUCAGGGUGCUAAAGAUAUCAUUCAACCAGUGGCUGAGCAUUACUUCAAAGUGGCAGAGGAAGCAGAUGACGACCCUCCUUUGUUCUUCUUUUACACAAAAAGAGAUGACACCUCCAACAGUUUGCGUGAUUUUAUAGGUCUUAAUGAGGAGGAUGAUGGUACAUCUGCAGGUAUUCUAGUGAUACUAGAUAUUCCAUCACAAAUGGUCUAUGAGUGUCAAGAAGAGGUGCUGACUAAAGAGGUUGUAGAGGCAUUUGUAAAUGAUUUUGUCAAUGACAAACUAGUUGGCGAAAGGCUACCUUUAAGGUGAUGAGAUACCAAUGAUUUCUGGGUAUUUGAGUUUCCACAUGACUAUAAGAAAAAUUUUGUUUUGUUUUAAUGAUGCAAAUGUAAGAAACGUUUAAUCAGUGACACCUAAGCAUUUUUUUUAGCUUAAUUAUAUGAACAUGACUUUGGUUUUCAGUGUACACUGUAUGUAUGCAGCCUUCCUCAUGUUUUCACUUUUAAGGUAUUUUUUUUUCUUUUCUUUUUGUUUUUGGUUAGUAGUAGCAAUUUAGGACAAUUAUUUUGGAAGGGACAGACUAAAAUUUCAUUUGAACAUGACUGAUGUGCACAUGUUCCUAAGCAAAUUUGUAUUCUUGUCAUUUUUUAAUCCCCAUAUACAAUGAGCGUUUUACUUGUUACUGUAUCAAUAUUUUGUACUGUAAAAGGGGCUAAGGGGUGUGAUCUUGCUUCAAAUACAAGGAACUUAUUGUUGUCUCCAGAAAGUACUCAGAGGCUAGCUGAGAGAAUUUGCAUAAGAUCUUGGAUUAUAAAUUAGAUGCAAAGCAAACAAAAUAAUACUUAUGUGUUUCAAGUAUGAGAGCAUUUUAAUGAUGAAAGGGUGAAGCAAGUAAACAGUUUUUGAUGUAGUUAUUUUGUUGUAGUUCUGUAAAAUUUUAAGACAAACUGUACAGUGGAUCAUGUAACUUUUAGGCAAUAACUUAAUUUAUUAAAUGUGCAUGCAUCACUAUUUGUAAAAGCUGGGUGUUAGCAAGCAUAAAAGCUGAAUAACAGUGGUUAAAUGGUACAUUCCCAUCAAUUUACAUUCCAUUAAUUUUAUUUUGAAACGGUGCAUGAAUUUACUGUAAGUGGCUCUGUAUGCCAUAUAAAAUAAUUAUGCUUUUCAUUAUCUUCAAGCAAAAACUGUUUUUAGUCAUAACGUAUUUUAUCAGUAAUGGUACAGUGCAGAUGGUCAUAAUCUUUUCCCCCACCUCAAAAUAUGGUAGACCUCUAAAAGCAACGAUCGAGUAGGGCUGUUAUGUUUAAGGUCUGAAGUCACGCUUAAACACCUGUUGAAGCAGUGGUUUAACUAAGUGAAUUGCAACUGUUUUGAGAAGUUGUGUUAGUGCAAAAUAUAGCCAGGUAUUAAGCCCUAAUCCAGGAUUGAAAUUUCAACUUGAUUUGGAUUUGACCAGGUGUAACUCUUUAUGGUUCCUUAUCUUACUCUGGAAGAUGCUGAGGACACUCCAAGCAAAAAUGGCAAAACAAUCUAAGUGCUACAAGACUUAACCCUUUAACUCCCAAGAUCUGUUUAUUUAUUUUCUGCUCUAGCUGCUUUACAUUCCCUUUACAUCAGUUACAAGAAUUUGGUGUUAGAUUCAGAUAACUUCUACCAGUUAAGUUUGUGUAUUCUCAUUACCCAUUUGCAAGAUAACAUGUGGUUAUUGUAGAGAGGAGUUAUUUGUUAAUCACUUCUGGGAGUCAAAGGGUAAAUAAAAAAUUCUGGUAGCCUUUGGUAAGAAUCCUGACUCUGAUUUUAAAGGGUUUUCACGCAAGUCAGACAAUUCAACUCAUUAUGUUGUAGUAUUUAAGGUACUUCUAUAGUCAGAUCACACCAGAUGUAUAUGUAUUAAGGUCAUUAGAAUUGUCAUGUUUAGUAUUCAACCUACUACUACAUUGUACCUUAUUAUAGUGUGUAGGGAAAUAUCUGUACAACUCUCUCGGAGGGUUUUUUGUAGUGUGCUAGCCCUCAGGGCAUAUCCUCUGUGAAAAAAGUGUGUUGUAAUAAUAAUUUAAUGCAAGUUUAUGUAAUUAUAAACGCCUUGAAGAUUUCCUAGGGCAAAAUCCUGGGGGUACUCCUUGGAGCUCUUUGUUGGGGUGUGUCGGUGGGUUCUCUAAAUCCUGAUCUUAUAUAAGACUAAAUACCGCUGUAACCCCCUAGAGGUUCAUACCCAAUUUUAACCGUACAAGUCAAUCAUGCAAUCGUACUCUUUGGGGUGGCACACAACCAAGAAAUGUACACAGAGGAGUGCCCCCUCCCCUUAGCAGGGAAGACACAAGGUUGUUAGUUUGUUACCCUCACUAAGUAGGUAGAACGAAGUAAGUAAUUUUAAAUGAACUACAUUAUGUUACUUAUUUUAUCCCAUGACAAUGCAAGCGUGUGUGGAAAUAAUCAUAACCUUGUUCAACAAUAAAAGUG